AUGUCCCAAGGCUCAAUCUCGUAUUACCCUGGUUAAAAAGAAAAAGAGAGCGAGUUGAUUUGAACACAGAAGCCUCUUCACCAGAAGAAGAAGAAUGAACCUAAACAUGAACUCGGCCGAGUCGAUCGUGGCUCAAAUCCAAGCCCUAUCCACCACUCCUCGAGACAUCUCUCAACUUCACACUUUUCUCAAGCAAUCUGAUGAUCUGAUUCGCUCCGAGUCAACUCGCUUGGCUUCUUCACUCACUCAACUCGAUCCCUCUAUCCACUCUCUUGGUUUCCUUUACAUUCUGGAUGCCUGCACUUCAGGUCCUGCAGCAAAAGAGCAAGCUAGUGAACAUGUUCUCACUAUUGCAAGAUUUGUUAAUGCUUGCUCCACUGAGCAGAUUCGUCUGGCGCCUGAGAAGUUUGUAUCUAUAUGUAAAAGGUUGAAGGACGAGGUGAUGAUGCUUGCAGCUCCCAUACGAGGGAUCGCUCCUAUGCUGACUGCUAUUAGGAAGCUUCAAUCAUCUACAGAACAUUUAACCACUUUACAUCCCGACUUUCUUCUUCUUUGUUUAUCGGCUAAAUGCUAUAAAAAAGGUUUAUCGAUUUUGGAAGACGACAUAUAUGAAGUUGAUCAGCCAAGAGACCUCCUCCUUUACGGCUAUUACGGGGGGAUGAUUUGCAUUGGUCAGAAGCGCUUUCGCAAGGCAUUGGAGCUCCUACACAAUGUUGUAACUGCUCCUUUGUCCAAUAUGAGCGCUAUAACUAUUGAGGCAUACAAAAAGUAUAUACUGGUUUCACUCAUUCACCUGGGGCAGUUCAAUGCCACCGUCCCUAAGUAUGCUUCUACAGUGGCUCAAAGGAAUCUGAAAAAUUUUACUCAGCCUUAUCUUGAACUGGCAGUUAGUUAUGGUACUGGAAAAGUUACAGAAUUAGAGACAUGCAUUCGGCAACACAGGGAGAAGUUUCAAAAUGACAACAAUUUUGGGUUGGUGAGGCAGGUUGUAUCAUCCAUAUACAAGAGAAAUAUUCAGAGAUUGACUCAGACAUACUUGACCCUCUCCCUUGAAGGCAUAGCCAACAGUGUGCAACUGAAUAGCCCCAAGGAGGCCGAAAUGCAUGUUCUUCAAAUGAUCCAAGAUGGUGAAAUAUAUGCAACAAUUAACCAGAAGGAUGGAAUGGUUAGAUUUCUGGAGGAUCCUGAGCAAUAUAAAUCAUGUGCAAUGAUUGAGCGAAUCGACUCGUCAAUCGAAAGGAUGAUGACAUUAUCUAAGAAGCUCACUGCUGCAGAUGAACUCAUGUCAUGUGAUCCUGCGUACCUGUCGAGGGUUGGGAAGGAGCGAGCGCCAAGGCUUGACUUUGAUGAUUAUGAUCCUGUUCCUCAAAAGUUUACCAUGUGAAGCAAAAAGGACUUCAUUGUGGUUGAAAGGAUAGAAAAUAUGUUGCAAUAACAUUUUGUUAAUUACUAUUGAGGAACGUAGAUAGUUAUGAUGAAGUUUAUCAGAAUUGGCCACACUGAAGUGCUGUCAUGCUGACAUAAUUUUCAAUUUUAUUGCAAAUUUAGUAGUUGAACAUGCUUUUAUAAAA